UCUCACUCUGACGAUAAGGAUCAGGGUGUGUGGUACGUGUUUUUCAACCCUCUAAUCAGCGGCCUCAUCUCCUCCCCUCCCCAGCCGUGACCUCAGGAUAGUUAUUGUACAGUUUCUCAUUUGGUUAAUGAUGUACCCCGGAAGCAACAACCCCAGUCUCGGCUUUGGCCAGGACACGCCUUACCCACUGUACCCCGCCGCGCCCUUCGCCGGCUCGCCGUACCCGCCAGCCCCCGGAGCAGCGCCCUACCCGCCAGCAGGGGGGGCAGCGCCCUACCCACCUGCCGGGGGGAUGUCACCCUACCCCCCCGCCCCAGGAGCAUCCCCAUACCCUCCUGCCCCAGGAGGGUACCCGCCAGCCCCGGGGGCGUCGCCUUACCCGCCCACAUCGGGGACGUCGCCCUACCCUCCGGCGCCAGGAGCUUCGCCCUACCCGCCAGCCCCAGGGGCGUCCCCCUACCCGCCAGCAGGGGGGGUGGCGCCUUACCCACCAGCCUCGGGGGCGGCACCCUACGCCCCUGCGGGCGGCUCCUCGCCCUACCCGCCUGCCCCAGGGGCCGGCGCCUACCCGCCAGCCUCAGGCGCGCCGGGAUACCCGGCAGCCCCAGGGGCCCCAGGAUACCCACCAGCCACAGGGGCGCCAGGAUACCCACCAACCACAGGGGCGCCAGGAUACCCACCAGCCACAGGGGCGCCAGGAUACUCACCAGCCACGGGGGCGCCAGGAUACCCCUCAGCCACUGGAGCCCCCGGCUACCCGCCAACCUCUGGAGCACAAGGGUACCCUGCCUACGGUCAGCCCAGCUACGGAGGCAGCCCCGCCAUGGGCCAACAAUACGGCGGGACGCCCCAGGGAGGCAGCUUCAGCCCCUACACGGAGAUCCCCACCGUGACCCACAUUGCCCACUUCGACCCCAGCGGCGAUGCCUCCGUCCUCCGCAAGGCCAUGAAGGGGCUGGGCACGGACGAGGCUGCCAUCAUUGGGGUCCUGUCUCGCCGCACCUCCGACCAGCGACAGCAAAUCCUCCUCAAGUACCAGCAGGCCUAUGGAAGGGACGAGGAUGGCGCUAAGGCAGGGAAGGGACUCGAGGGGGAUCUCAUCAAGGACCUGAAGAGUGAGUUGAGCGGCAAGUUUGAGGACACCAUCAUUGCCCUGAUGACGCCGCUGCCGCUGUACCUGGCCCAUGAGGUGCACAACGCCAUACAGGGCAUCGGCACCAAUGAACGCACACUGGUGGAGGUUCUGUGUACACGCGACAAUGCCUCCCUCAUGGCCAUCAAGAAUGCCUACUUCCACCACUACCGCAAGAAGCUGGAGGAUGACCUCAGAGGAGACACCUCUGGGGACUUCCGCCGCCUCCUCAUCUCCAUGUGUGCAUGCAGCAGAGAUGAAACCAGCUGUGACCCGGCCCUCGCCAACGGCCUGGCCCAGCAGCUGUACAAGGCCGGUGAGUGA